CCCUUGGGCCUGUAACUGCCUUAGGGGAAGGAAGUCCCAGCACUUACACAUAACAUACAGCCACCUGGUAAAUGUCAAGGGAUGGGAGGGAAAGGCUGGAAAAUGCUAGAGACAUAACCUGUUAGUAGUUGCAUCAGUCAACAGCCAGUAUCAGUGUAUUGUGCCUUGGGCACACAAAGGCACCCUCGAGGAAAGAAAGGGAUAGGGGGACUAGAUAGAUUCCGGCAAAGCAACUAUGUUGGCUUUUUUUGCCUGAGUGGGUAGUGGAGAGGAAGGCAGCUUUGCUAUUUAGUAUGAUGGGCUAGUUUUAGGAAGGGUUUAACUGCAAGCUUUGAGUAGGAUGGCAGUUUGGGGCUCUAGAGUUGCUUCUCGAGAACCAGAGGAGCUCAUAGGACCUUAAGAGGCAUUACUUUUGGCCCAGACUAGACUAUGUGUUCCAGUUGAGAAAGUCCUUGAUGACACUUGGGAAAAGCCCUGGGCUCAAUCUCCAGAAAAAAGGAAAGUAGGGUGUGUGCUUGCAUACAUUGAAGGGGGCUCAUUCCCAACUUGUUAAGUACUGUAAGAAGCAUUUCACCACUCCUCCCUCCUGUAAUCUCAGGUGGUGUAUGCAUGUUGGGUGUCUUGAGGUAAGUCCCCGAAAGCUUACCAAUAUAUGGCUGGCUGGCUGGCUGCCUUGCCUCAGGGAUCCCGGUCUACCGUUCCUGGCUUCUCCAGUUUAAAUGAGUCUUCAUGCUUGCAAGGCAAGCAUUUUGCCAACUAAGCUGUCUCCCUAAACCCUGGAUCUUUGUUCUUAAAGCAGUUGAAGAAUCAUCUUGAACAAGCACAUUUCAAGUAACUCUGCCAGUUAGGUACAUACAAAGGAAACUGCUUGUCCCCUAGAGGUCUGAGUGCUAAGGAAGAGUAUUGGAGCAUUUAAAGGAAUUGCUGGGAGGUGUCUGCCUUGGAAGGAUUUACCUAAUUACACCUAUGACUUGACAAUGGAGAAUGUAUUAAGGAUGUCUACAUUAUAGUUGCAUAUUCAAAACUGAACACAGCUAGGCAUCAAGGUAUAUUGUCUGUGAUCCCAAAAUUCAGGACACAAAGGCCAGAAGAUCAUAAAUUUGAAGCUAGCCUGAGCUACAUAGCAAGACUGUCUAAAGGAGGAAAAUAAAAACAGACAUGUGAAAAGGGAAACCCAAUUUUCUCAAAAACUGAAACACAGGUGGCCCUUCAUUGUAAGAAUAAUGUCUGUCAGUCAUUAAACAGAAAUGCAAAAGUCAAAACCAUUUGAGACGGUAGGUUGGUGGGGUGAUUUUGUUCUCUUCAGCCUGGGCCUAAGUUGUGCCAUGGAAAGAUUUCAUAGAAUGCCAAGCAAGAGUUUUCAAAGAAUGCUCAGGAGUUUACAGUACAACCACUUAGGUGGGCAGUUUGACAUUACAUUACACUGAGCAUGAACUCUUGAACAAUGCCAUUAAUGAGCAUGUUUGACAGUGGCUAAACUAGGCAUUAAGGGGUAGGGGGUAAGAAUUCUUUAGCCUUAUUUAAAAAAUAAAAAUAUUGGGCAAAGGAGAUGCCUCAGCAAGUAAAGGUGCCUCCAAGUCUGAUGACAUGAGUUCAUUCAAUCCUUGGAACCUAUGUGGUGGAAGUCAAGAAUGGACUGCCUAAGUUUUCUGACAGCCACAUAAUCAUACAUACCAAGUAAUUAUAAUUUCUUAAAAGGGGGAUGAGAAUUGGUGCAAUGGAACAUGCAUAUGUAUGUAUGUGUAAUGCCCGUUUAUUGAUGUGACUGCUGUGUAACAAUAAAAACCCAGAAUCAGAUAUCAGGGUUCAAGCUGAAGAUCAGGAAAGCAAAGCAGCCAGCCACUAGAGAGUUCUCACCUCUACCAAUGUUCAGGCCAAAGGGGCGAUCCUGUCCUCAGAUUGCAUCUCCAAACUGCACUGCUCUCCAAGCCUCAGAAUAUGCUCAGAGACUGCAUUGAGCUCUUUAUAUACUCUCUAGUGCUGGGAUUAAAAGUGUGAGCUAUUUCUCUUUUAGACUGAUUCACUCUCAUGUAGCCCAGGUGACCUUGAACUCAGAUUCAUCUGUCUCUAGAGUCCUGGGAUUAAAGGUGUGUGCCACCACUGUCCAGCCUCUAUAACCUAACUAGUGUGGCCAGCUUUAUUAGAUUCAUAAGUAGUCCAUCACUAUACUGCUGCAAUGAUCCAUACAUCCCCAAACUUUAUUAGUCUUAGCUUGCCAUUUAUGGAAAAACUUCACCUAACAUUGAGCUUUGACAGUAGGACUCUAAUAUGGCCUUUCACAGUCUGAAAGUUCUUAUUAAAACCUAGAAUAUGCCCUCUUGAGAUAGUCUUUUCCUUGACUUUUUUUCUGGUAAGGUCUUUAUCCUCAGGAUGCAAGAAUACUCCCUCUUCCUCUGUGAAGUGCCGAGUCACCAGCACAGCUGUAAGCAUUUCAGUCAGUUCAGGCUGCAGAACCGAUUCAGGUAAGGUCAAAUAUUCUUAAGUUAGUAUAUAUAAUUGGGGGCGGGGGACAAGAGGAGAUCUGGUGCAAGAAAUAGUUACAAACUUUUGCUUGGGAAAUAUUGAGUAAACUAGUAUUGCUGUGUUUUCCAGAUAAUUCAAUGCCCAGAGUCGUUUUUAUUAAGCAGCUUGGCUUAGAAGCAAACAGCUCAUUAUUUAAUUAAAUAUGUGAGUCAGAAAGUCUACCUUCAAAUUCUAUGUGACCCUUAAAUUACUUAACUCCAUGUGCACUGAAACGAAACACUCAGCCUACUGCCCUCCUUAUGCCUACUGUUAACAGUGCAAAGUGCAGAGAAGCAUGGCACAAAGCCACGGGCAUUAUCUGUUCCACGGAGCCUGGAGAUUAAAGGAGGGUGUAAUGUGCUGUUGGCACUUUCUAAAAAUACUAAGAAAAUGAAUCGAGUGGACCUUGAUGUUCCCUUCCUGGCUGUUGGGUAGAGGCAGCCCUGCUUAAGUCAGUAGAAUCAGUAGCACAGCCAGUUCCCCUGCAGACUGAACAUGACCGUGAGACUCUUAAUUCAUUCUCUAAAGAUUUUAAGGUUUUUCUUUCUGUAGCUUGAAGGUGCCCAGAUUUCAGUGCUCUAAACUGAGAACUGGGUGAGAUGGCUCAGUAGGUAAGAAUGCGUACCCAGCAAGCCUAAGCUAGACUCUCCAGCACCCACUUAGACUGAAUAGAAAGGUAAUUUAUUUUUUAAUCGGCCCUUGUAAGAAUGGAGGGAGACUUGGUUGUAUCUGAUCAACAUUCCCAGGCAGUGAGAAAGCUGGCCAAAGUUAGCUGUGCUUGUAGCAGGUGCCAGACUCCAAGAUCGGCUCUGAGCCUUGUAUCAUUGCCUUUCAGACAUGCUAAGGAGCGCCCUGUUGUGCGCGGUGCUCGCACUCGUGCACGUCCAGCCCAUCCCCUGCCCUAAAACGUGCAGGUGUGUGUUUCGCGAUGCUGCUCAGUGCUCGGGCGGCAGCGUGGCUCGCAUUGCCUCACUGGGUCUGCCCAAGAACCUCACACACAUUCUGCUCUUCCGAAUGGAGCAGGGCGUAUUGGGGAACCUCAGCUUCAGUGGCAUGACGGUCUUGCAGCGCCUGAUGCUCUCAGACAGCCACAUUUCCGCCAUCGAACCCGGCACCUUCAAUGACCUGAUAAAACUAAAAACCCUUAGGUUGACGCGCACCAGAAUCUCUCAUCUUCCAAGUGCGCUCCUGGACAAGAUGGUGCUCUUGGAACAGUUGUUCUUAGACCACAAUGCACUAAGGGACCUUGACCAAAACUUGUUUCAGAAACUGCUUAACCUGCAGGAGCUCUGUUUGAACCAGAAUCAGCUCUCUUUUCUUCCUGCUAACCUUUUCACGAGCCUGGGAGAGCUGAAGGCGUUGGAUUUAUCGGGAAACAACCUGACCCACCUGCCCCAAGGAUUGCUUGGGGCGCAGGUUAAGCUUGAGACACUGCUGCUCUACUCAAACCAGCUCAUGUCUGUGGAUUCGGGGCUUCUGGGCAACUUGCGCUCCCUGAUUGAGCUGCGGCUGGACCGGAAUCGCCUCCGCCCGGCCGCAGCCGGUGCCUUCGACAGCCUCGGAAACCUGAGCUCCUUAACUCUGUCCAGAAAUCGCCUGGAGUCUCUGCCACCUGAGCUCUUCCUUCGUGCGAGCAGCGUGACUCGGCUGACCCUGUUCGAGAACCCGCUGGAGGAGCUCCCGGAAGUGCUGUUCGGGGAGAUGGCGGGCCUGCGGGAGCUGUGGCUGAACGACACACAGCUCCACAACCGGCUGCGGGCCCUGCCCCGCGCGCUCUUCCUCAACCUCAGCAGCCUCGAGACGGUGCAGCUGGAGCACAACCAGCUGGAGACGCUGCCUGGAGACGUGUUCGCGGCCCUGCCCCAGCUGACUCGGGUCCUGCUGGCUCACAACCCCUGGCUCUGCGACUGUGGCCUGUGGCCCUUCCUCGAGUGGCAGGGGCAGCAUCAGGACCUCCUGGGCCGAGAAGAGCCUCCCCAGUGCCAUGGCCCAGAGCUACGCGCGGGCCUGUCCUUCUGGGACCUGCUGCAGGGUGACCCGUGGUGCCCGCACCCUCGAGGCCUGCCUCUCAACCCUCCAACCGAGAACACCCUGGAAGCCCCGGUCCCGUCCCAGCUGCCCAAUAGCUCUCAGUCCCGCGCGUGGGUCCAGCUGGUGGCCAGGGAUGAAGGUCCCGAUCAUCGCUUCUACUGGGGUCUUUAUAUUCUGCUUUUAUUAGCUCAGGCCGUCGUAGCCGGGAUCAUCGUGUUUGCCAUGAUUAAAAUCGGCCAGCUGUUUCGAUCAUUAAUCAGAGAGCGGCUCUUGUUGAAGGCAAUGGAAAAAUCUUGUAACUAAUUAAGACGUGACCAGGGCAUUGUGGACGGGGCCCCAAGGAGAAUCUAGUCAGUAUUCUUUUCCCACGCCUGUUCUCCUCUCUCCUGCUCUUUCUUCCUCAGUUCAUUCUUUCAGGAUUCCUUCUCCCCAGAACUGCCUUUUAUGAAUCGCUACUGCUUGCUAGCGUGGCCUCGGUUUCCUUCUCUGUUGUUAGUUUCCGAGUGGACGUGGGGGAAGGAAACUUGGCUUGUGUUUGGCUCACCCGGUUCUACUGUGAGGCACUGGGUGCCUAGAGGAGAGAGGAGCUCCUUCUUAGUUUCUGAGUUUGAGGUCACUCCUCCUAGGUGGGCAAGACCUCUUCUUCACCCAGCAAAAGUGAACAUUUGCUGAAGGAACACCUGCAGAAAACGACCCCUAGAUCCCAGAGAUGAUGGCUUUUCCCAGGAGAAUGCUGGAGUCUUCUUGUCCCUUUCUAUUUGAAAGGAGAAUGAUGUCCGUUCUUUUUUGUUUUCAUUUUGAGUUCGUUCUGCGGGCUGUUUGGGAGGGCGCUGGACUCUGAUCUAGCGACGAAUUUCAGGGCAAGCCUCCUGAGAUGGGCUGAGCUAUGACACACGGGAGCUCCCAUCCUCACCCCAGGGACAGCCAGUUCCUGCCACCCACUCCUGACCUGACUAGAAUGGUUUUUGCCACUGGUAUGGUGAGCUCUCAUGUGUCCUGGCUCAGCCCUUCACAGAGGAAAGAGGCUUGUUUUGAAAUAGAGGCUCCACAGAAACCAGAGCCUAUCUGAGGUGUUCCGGGAAGCUUGGGGAGCUUCUCAGUGUGUCCUAUUGGCCUCCUGCGAGUUUCCAUUGCUUUGCACCGGGGAAAUGUGUCAUUUGGUUCCCAUAUCCUAGAGGUAAGUGCCACCUCAUUUCACAAGCAUUUAUGGAGCUGUGACCAUGUGAUAGUGUUCAUGAAGGUAAUGAUAGCUUGGUUUCCAUGCACCAUGCUUGUAUCAUAUUUUUAUUUAUCCUUCCAAUUGAAAGCAAUUAAACCCUUGUUGCCUUAAUUGGCUGUCUGCUUGUGAGAGGCAGUGGUUAAACACAUGCACUGGAAGCUGACAGCUGGCUCUUCAGUCUCAGUGCCCCGGCUUCCUAACCCCACGACUCUGCACACACAUUGUGUAAACCUGGGCUUCCUCAUCCCUGAAAGGGAUGCUGUGAGAACUAAAGCUAAUAAAACAUACAAAGACUUUACCCUUACCCCGGAUACAAACACUGCCCAGUGAAUGGGAGUUACUACUAAAGAGUAUGCAGUUAUAUUCUCACCCUACCCCCCACACACACCCUCAUAGUUUUGUGAUACUGUCUCACUAUGCAGCAUAGGCUGCUUUUGAACUCGAGAUCCUUCUGUCUCACAGUCCCAGGCUCUGGGAUUAUAGGCUUGGGCCACCACACUCAGGUGGUAUCAUGCUUUCUAAGGAAGAUAUUUCCCCCUCUAUAUAUAAAAGAGUAAACUUUUUCAAACUGGAGCUCUAGCCAAACAGCUCUAUCUGUCUACAUGUACAGCUAUGGCCUCAGUCCUGUGCACUUG